AUGAAGCGCCAAACGUUCAACCCCACGGAAUCCUUUCUGGAGGGUUUCCUGCUGAAGCAGGGCGCAAAGGGCCUCAUCCGUAGCUUCAAGAAGCGAUGGUUUGUGCUGGUUGAUGGCAAGCUGACCUACUCGCGCUCGCCCUACAGCCCCGAGAUCGGCCAUGUCAAGAUGGAGGACUGCACCAAGUUGCUGGCCAAGACGGAGGGCAAGGAGGGCAGCAAGAAGUACAUUUUCGUCAUCCAGACCACCUUCGGCCGCGACUACACCCUCCAGGCAGCCUCUGAAACAGGCACGCAGAACACGCACGCAUCGCACACGCCAGACCACGCACCACCAAACACGCAGAACACGCACGCAUUGCACUUUCAUCAAAGCUGA